UUGCUACACAUUCGGUUAGGUUCUCUUUCCAUCUAUCAACAAUUCAUUUUCUUGAAUUUUACAUAUUAUCCCAUUGUUAAUCGUAUUUUAAAGCGUUCAAUUUAUUCGAGUUUUAUAUUGAUCCGAGAAGAAAAAACGCUUGGGAGAUUACGAGCUACUCCGAUUACUUCCGAGCUUAUGUAGGACUCAUGACUUUAGAAGGCGUAUAUCUUCAAUUUAAACAGAAACUACUUAUUGAAGUGAAACAUAGAUGUGUUUCUAUCUAAUUAGGAUGCUCGUAAAAUAGCUUUCGUUUAUAUAGAACUGAAAUUGAAAGUUAAAAUUGCAAGAAGUGUUAUUUCGUUUUAAUGUCAUUCAACCUAACCUAGCGAAAGGAUGGAAUUAGAAAUAAACGAUAAGAAUACCAAAAGGAAAAGAAACAAAGUCACUGAUUACGAGGAUGAAGCAAAGAGACUUCGUAGACUGUUGAGGCUUUACUUCUAUUCAGCAUUCAAAUUUAAGGGGAACAUAUGCAACUUCCAUUUUAUUUACUGUUUCGUCUUCUUGAUGCAAAUCAUAAAAGUAGCUCUACUUACAACCCAGAUGAUCCAUUUUGGAAAUGACCGAGGAAACUUUAGUUCAGUUGUCAACAGAGGCGGUCUUGUCCUUCGACAUCUUCUUUUAGAACAUUGGGAUGCUAGCUGGGAAACGCUGCCAUAUCCUCCUGCACAAGGAGACUUUGCCGUGUAUACGAUAGAUGAUCUUGAGAGUGGUAUUAACUAUGCUGUUAAAAACUAUUAUAACGCAGAAAGAGAAGCCAUUGGGUACUAUGUUCGAACAGCAGACGACAAAAUGACAGCAACAAUGAAAUAUUUUGACUUUCCCGGUUUUCAUGGUGCGAGUACUGGAGAGGGAAUAACCAUAUCUGAGAUUACGUUUCCAAUUGACAAAGGACUGUCUGCAGAAGUGACGCAAGAAAAUGAGACUAUGUACAGUUAUAAUAUCACCCGUGAAUUUGAUCAUCACAAUAUGUCGCAACCAAUUAAAAGGAUGUUGUCAACAACACUUCGCUUUAAGCUUCAUUCUGUACGUUCGCAUGAAAUGAGUAAGAAAGCAACAUGUCUACGAGUAGAGGGCUCGUUAGAAUUUGUUGAUCUGGACAAUAAUGGUCAAGUGUUGGUUGAUCUUGAUACAAGAUCUAGUAGAAUAAAGUGUAAAGACAUGAAUCUACCUUUGUCAGACUGGCAACUAGAAAACACUUCAGAAGAGAUCGGGGCCUCAGUGAUUGCUUUUUGUGUUAUAUCAUUAGUAUUGACCACUGCCACUAUGUUUUUUGCUGCUUAUACUUUCUGGAGAACUAAGCAAUUUAUGAAGAAGCACUAUCAGUCCUACUUCGGGGUUGUUGAUAAGGAGGAGACGGACCUGCCAGCGUCAGAGUACUUUCGGUAUUUAAAAGUUUGGGAUAUAACAGUUAUGAUAUCCGAUAUAUUGACUUUGUACGGGACAAUCUGGAUAGUGUUUAAUACAAAGCAAAGUGAAUUGGAGCUGGAGUUGCUAGAUUCCUACACUGUAUGGUUAGGAGUCGGUUGUGUACUAGCGUGGAUAAGCUUGCUUAAGUUCUUCAAGUUUCACAAUAAAUUUCAUCUGUUAUUUAGUACGCUAUACAAAGCAUUUUGGGAUGUGAUUGCCUACCUUAUUUGCGUAGGAGUGUUGUUUGUCGGGUUCUGGGUUUGUGGAUAUGUCGUUUUGGCGCCGUACCAUGUCAAGUUCAAGACUCCAACAGCAGCAGGGGAGACGCUGUUUUCUGUUGUUAAUGGCGACGAGAUAUACGCAACUUUAGCAAUACUGGAAUCGGAUAAGAGCGGAGGAAAUUGGGUGUGGUGGUUUUCAAGGUUCUAUUUUGGAGCAUAUGUCGCAAUAUUUACGAUAGUUGUUAUCAACCUCCUCAUAGCUCUCUUUAUGAGCGCCUAUGAGUCUAUUAAGACGUACUAUGAAGACAAACCGGAUGAACGAGAAUUGGGUCCAUUGGAGAAAGCUUUGCGCCGAGUUCUAAUUCAAGACGGCGAGGGAAGUAAUCUGCGGAGCUCAAUAUAUGACCUUAUGAAUGAUAGUUUACCUCUGACAUCAGAAAUAAACUCUCUGAGAACUGAACUUUCAAAAAUUGUUCGCGUUUCUAAAAACAAGAAAGACGUGGAGCUUCUGAAACCAAGGACUUUGAAAGUGUUUAUGGAAGAUGAGGAGCACAAAAUGAAGAAAUUCAAAUGCGGAUUUGUGAGCUGCUCCUUCACUUUUUUUUCUGGUGAUGACCAGAUUACAAAAGACGAUGAAUAGAAACAGAAAGACAACUGUUAACAAGCAGACAGUAACACAAUACAAUCUGUAUGAUAAGAUGAGAAUGACAUUGACCUGCAUCUACAUUUAGUCUUUCCUUACAGUUAAUGUUCUAAAAUAUAGUUACAGACCUUUUCAUCAUAACCUUACAAAAAUUAUUAUAUUAAUCCUAUACAUAUGCCGUAACUAACACCGUAAUUGCCAAUUUACUAGAGGUAUGAUUUUUAAUUUUUUUUUUAAUUUGCUAUUGCAGCAUUAAUGUUAGAAUCGUUAUGAAUUAUAUAUGUAACUAAAAUUAAUUAUUGCUUUAAUUAUAAUCCAAAUUUAAUAAACCGCUUUCAAAUGAUGUGUUUUGUUCGUGUUAAUGUUGUUACCUUGAAAAUGUGACAAUGAACAUCAGAACGAAAAACGGAUAUGGUGUUUUUAGUCAAUCAUUUGAUGUGAUUAUUGAGAAAGUAAUAAAAUCAAUCAAGGAAUACUAUUGUUAAAAUUAUCAAAUUUUCCAUGGUCUUAAUGAAAAGGUCAUACUUAACAAGAAACAAUACCCAAAUACAUGCAUUUAUAUAAUUCAUACAAAUAUGCUUUUCUGAAUAUACAGAUAAGGUAAGACAAAUAUUAAGAAAUUCGUUUCUACACAUAUUUAAUGUCAAAGGUCUGAGGCAGCAAUUGUUUAAUUUUCUAGCGAGUGUUUAAGAUUUUCAGGUUUGACCUUGUUUCUUGUACAUGUAUAUAAACCUGCUUGUAAUAAAAAUAGUUCCUUUUAGAAACAACGUCUGUGUACAUAACAUGUAUUAUACAUGUUUUAUGAUAUUUAUGCUGCAGAAUUUCAUUGGUACAAAAUGUACAAUUAUAAAUAGUUUUUUUUUUUAUUUACCUUGUACCAUGUCUGAAUAAACAAAUUGAUUAUAGUAUACAUAACGAUAACUUUAUCUCAUAUUUAUAAUAUCUUCUUUGUUUCCGAUUAAUAAGUUGGCCUAACUGCAGAUACACAAAAUAGAAAAAAACGAAACUUAAAGAACGCCCAUAAACGGCAAAAUUAUAAUUGUUGCGGAACCUAUUUUUGAACAUUGCUGUAUGUAUGAAUGCUUGUUGUUUUUAUUUAGCCUUUUUCAAAGCUUAGUUGACAUGCUUGUUUUCUUACAAAUUUUGUGCUAUUUCAAUAUGUUAGUCGUGGGUAUAAUUACUUUUAUUUGUGCUCAUUGUCUACAAAAUGUAAUCUUUAUCAUAAAAGAAUCUUAAAAAUAAUAAACGUACACAUUCUCAGAU